ACAGUUGUGUCAACAGUGGCGAUUCGACAGCACACGGAAUUGUAGACGUAUAUUCUAUAUAUCGGCAGCAGAUCAAGUUUAUAAUGCAAAGUCAAGUUCUGAAUUGGGGCAUUGCAGCAGCUGGACGAAUUACCCAAGAUUUCGUCACUGCUCUGAGCACCAUUCCAAACUCGCGCCACGCAGUGUUGGCCGUUGCUGAUGUCGAGGGAUCGCGCGCCCAGGAGUUUGCGCAGCGUAAUCAAAUACCGAGGCACUUCGAUGGCUUCGAGGCGCUCUCCUUGGACAAGGAGGUGGAUGUGGUAUAUGUGGGCACAUUGAAUCCCUUCCACUAUGCCGUGGUGCGUCUGAUGCUCACACGGGGGAAGCAUGUGCUCUGCGAGACACCCUUGUGCCUGGGUCUCGAGCAGGCCCAAGAGCUCUACAAGUUGGCCGAGCAGCGAGGUGUAUUCUUCAUGGAAGGCAUGUGGAGUCGUUGCUUUCCCAGCUAUGAACGAUUGCGCGAGCUGCUCCUUAGCGAUGCCAUUGGCGAGGUGAAGCUAGUGAAGCUGCAGCACGGCUUUCGUUUGGCCAAUGUGGAGCGUGUUGCUAGCCGCGCUCUGGGCGGUUCCAUUACACUGGACAUUGGCAUCUAUGCGCUGCAGCUGGGCCAAUUCAUCUUUGGUUCGUCGCCCGUCAAGAUCAUUCCCAGCGGCACUCAGCUGAAUGCUGAGCGCGUCGAUGUUCAAACUGAAUUCAUAUUGGACUACGGCGACAAUCGUCGACUGAUAGCGCUCAUUACAGGUCUGGAGAAUCUGGAGAACGAUGCGAUCAUCGUGGGCACCAAAGGCGAGAUUAAGCUCCCCAACUAUUGGUGUCCCACUCAACUGUCGCUGGUCAAUCACGCGCCUGAGUCUUGGCCACUGCCGCGCGCCAAAUUUGACUUUCACUAUACGAACUCCUGUGGCUUGCGCUACGAGGCGGAAGAAGUGCGUCGUUGCAUCGAGAAGCGUCUGCUGGAGAGUCCCAAGUACACGCACGCAGCUAGCUUGGAAGUUAUUGCCAUUACGGAUCAGAUACGCAGUCAAAUUGGAGUGAACUAUGAUAAUGUGCUCGGCAGGGAUGCUUAGAGGCAUUUGUAGUGCUCUAGACUAUGUAGUUAUCUAGGCUAUAUAUAUUUUUGUAUAGCCAUAAAUUGUCUUAUGAUAAAUUUCUCACAAAGUAGAUACGAAUGUUGUACGCUCUAUGUAUCUCUUAUUUUCUAUAAGUUAACUGACGACAUCUGGACAAAGCUAAAGCCUAUUUAUU